AUGGAUUUAAAAAAACAACAGAUAAUUGGACCACACAACAAAGUACAAGUAAUGUUUGCAAGGGGCUUAUUUGACAAUUGGAAACUACCAAUUUACUUUGAUUUUGACCAGGAUAUGACUAUUAAUAUACUCCAUGAAGCUAUAUCAAAACUUUAUGAAUGCGGGUUUAUUGUUGUUGCUAUGGUGAGUGAUCUUGGUUCAACAAAUAGAAAAUUACAAAAGCAACUUGAAGUGUGUCCAUCAAAUCCAUCAUUUCCAUAUCCAUCAAUUCCAGAUGGAAAAGUAUUUGUAUUUUGUGAUGUUCCGCAUUUAAUAAAAUUGGUUAGAAACCAUUUUAUUGAUCAAGACUUCAUUUUAGCAGACGGUCGUUAUAUAGAUAAGACACCGUUGGAGAAACUUGUAGAAUUACAAACACAGAAUCAUCUAAAAGGAUUAAAAACUGGUUGGAAACUUAAUAGUUCAAUUUUACAAGUAAAAGGCAAUGAGAGACAGUGUGUAAAAAGUGCCACAAAACUAUUGUCGCGUAAUGUGGCACAAGCUAUUUUAUGGGCCGGAGAUUCUAAUUUACUAGGCAAUUGUGAAUAUAAACUCACAGCAUCAUUUAUUAACCUAAUAAAUUCUUGGUUUGACAUUUUAAAUUCCAGUAUGAAAUAUGGACAUCAUCCUGGGUCAAAUGCAUACGGAGUAGAUUUAGAUGUCCAAAAUAAAAUACUCAAUGAUGUAUCAAAUAUAAUUGAAGGUAUGGUAGUAAAAUCACAUAACACACUUCAGCCAUUUCAACACGGUAUAUUAUUAACAAAUGCAUCAAUUCAGGGUAUUUUUUCAUAUCUAAAACAAAAUUUUAAUAUAAGUUAUUUAAUAACAAAGCGUUUUAAUCAAGAUAUAUUGGAAACUUUGCGGGGAAUGGGGUGCAAUUUUGAUAAUCCUAUUCCCUUGGAGUUCAUAUAUCGUUUGAGAAAGUACAUUUUAUGUAAGCAUUCAAGCACAGUAUUUACACUUCAUACAAACUGUAAAGAAGAUACCACCAAUAAAGAAAACAUUGUCACGCCAUCAUCUUUAUCUACCAUAACUACAGAUGAACCAGAAAUAGUUUUGACUCAAUGUAUUUUUGAUGCUAUAAUUGAUGACACAUCAUUAAAUGCAGAAUUGGAACUAGAAGAAAGCAUUAAAGUUCAAAAAGAAGGUUGCUUGUCAAUUGGUAGAAUUUCUAAAGCAGGAUUAAUAUAUUUAGCUGGCUAA